AUGUCAUCGUACUGGCCGAGACGAGACGACGCCAUCCAUUCAAUACCGUCUAUGACAGCAGAGAGGAACUAUUCCUUAGAACAUGCGACAGUAGGAGACUGGACAGGUCAGCGUUCUCGUCAAGGCGAGUUUGUCCAUGAACAUCGAUUCAUUCGAACAGCUUGCAACCCUGAUCGGACGCUUGCGACUGAAGAGAUGUCGAUCAAUACCAGCAUUGACAAUCUUCGUCGUUUACGCGCCGACAUCAAACCAUGA